UGUCGCUGCUAAUGCUAUGCCAAUGGCUAUAAGUGCAGUUUAUUCAAAUUCUAACGGAAAUUUCUACUGCCAUUUUGUCUAAUCUCUAUGCUUUUGGAUGCAGAUGAUUUAAAGCCACAUGAUGUUGGGAUAAACUCUAGUAUGCAGUAUUUCGAGCACGUCGAUUCUAAAGGGCCGCCUCGAGUUACUUAUUUGCAUUUCUAUGGUUGCUCCAAGUUUUCGUUUGGUAUCUUCUGUUUGCCGAAAUCAGCUGUCAUUCCCCUCCACAAUCAUCCUGGGAUGACAGUCUUUAGCAAGAUAUUAUUUGGUUCCAUGCACCUGAAGUCAUAUGACUGGGCGAAAAGUCCCCCGGAUAGUAGUAAUAACAACACACUUGAGGCCUCAGAUGGAGCUCGUUUAGCCAAGGUAAAUACAGAUGCUGUUUUCGACGCUUCAGCUGAGACCGUAGUUCUAUACCCAGAAAAUGGAGGGAAUUUGCACUGUUUUACUGCUUUGACUCCUUGUGCUGUGCUUGAUGUGAUGGGGCCACCAUACAACCGUGCUGAUGGAAGGGAUUGCGCUUAUUACGAUGAGUCGCCGUACUCGAGUUCAUGUGGAGAUAAACAAUAUUCUUGGCUCAAAGAGAUUCGUAGCACAUUCGAAAUGGAACCUAUACCGAUGGUGCGGAAGUUUAUUGUCUAGAUAUCUUUAACUGUCGAAGACAGACAGAUGGUACAAGGGGAAGACUGGGCCAGGAAACUCGACAAGUGACACACUUCACAGUUCUUUCGCUUAUUUCGAUCUGGGUUGAAACAGUCUCUUGUGAUUUCGGAUGACUCUGCUUCUCUUAUGUUAUCAAAUCGCGCGCGAUUCAAUUCGGGCGUACACUGCCCACAGGACUUUUCUAGGACAUGAUCAUUUUUUGUUUCCCAGUACAACUAACUGUACGCGGGUGUUUUUGAAAGUGGUCGUACACCAAAAUACCAAAUUCAGUGGGUCAUUUGCUUGGUCUGUUGAGCAGGGAGGUCAGUCCUUUUUGCCUGCUUGUUUGGGGCAUCUCUUCUGUUCAUGUAUCAAGGGUUUACCUUUUUUUCCUU